UAAACUUAAAAUUUCAAGUACCGACACAUACUAUUUUGUUUGGAGUCCAAUUGUAACAACAAUGGAGUAAAAGUUUAAUACUUGUGCAACAAAUACAAUCUGAACAAUAUGCCCCGAGAUGAGAUAAGAGGAUCACGUGUAGUUCACUCUGAUGUACAUAUAAGCAAUUGAUUCUGCAGUACAGUUCAUUUCUGUAUAUUUUGAUGUUGAUUUACACCCGGAUUAUCUCUACAUUAGGAAUGUGGACGAAACUCGACACGUACAUUGAACUGUACAAUGGAUAUAUGCAAGAUAUACUGGAUAGGAAGCAUCGGACCAUGGAUCUGUUGUUUUUGGUCCUGUUGGGAUUACUUUUCUUAUUUUUAAAAAGAACCAUAUGUUAUUAUAUGUACCUACCACCAGGACCAUGGGGUGUACCGUUUCUUGGUUAUCUUCCGUUCAUGAAGAGCUCACCCCACGCCAUGUAUUCUAGAAUGGCCGAUAAAUACGGUGAAAUUUCUUCUAUAAAACUUGGAAACCAUUUAGUCGUCUGUCUCAAUUCGCCGAAACUUGUGAAGGAACUCUUCAGUCGAUCGGAUUCUAUCGCGAGACCAAGAACUCCGCUGAACGAAAUCAUGGAAGGACGAGGUAUAGUACUGAGUGAAGGUAUACUUUGGCAGAAACAGCGUCAAUUUCUACAUGAAAAAUUCAGGGCUCUUGGAGUCAAGGUUUGGCCGAAACAGCGAUUCGAGAAAUUUAUUAUUAUGGAAAUCGAAGAAUUUAUAACUGACCUAAUUAAAUUGAAUGGAGCUCCUGUUGAUCCAACGCUUUUGCUCGGAAGACACGUACACAAUAUAAUAUGCCAAUUGAUGAUGAGUUUCCGAUUUGAAGAGGACGAUCAAGAAUUCGGUAUAUUUAAUGAAAAAAUCAGUCGUGGGAUGAAGCUGUACGGAUCGAUACACGCUAGCGAAUACGUGCGGCAGUACUUGAAACUGCCCGGAAAGAAAACAAUUUUAGACGAAAUGAAACGUAGCUUGGCCGACAUCAGCGAAUUUCAUGCAAACAAGAUCAGAGAACGUAUUGAUUAUCGAGCAACCCAUCCGUAUGAUGAACCUGCCGACCUUUUGGAUUAUUACUUGGACAAUAUUGAAGCUAGGAAAUCAAGAAAACGUUUCCCUGAUAUAUUCCCGGGAGUCGAUCCAGAGAAACAAGUAGUACAAGUGAUGAACGAUCUCUUCUCCGCCGGAAUGGAGACGUCGCGCACGACUCUCUCCUGGACCUUACUGAUGAUGAUCCACGAGCCUGACGUGGCUGCGAAGGUCCGGGCCCAGCUCACAGAAACGGUCCAUCCAGGAGAGCUCGUAACCCUCGAUCAUCGCCCCGAGCUGCCGUACCUCGAGGCUGUGCUGUUCGAGACAUUACGAUGCGUUUCACUCGUACCCUUAGGAACCACACAUGUCAAUACAACCGAAUGGAAAGUGGACAAGUACGUCAUCCCGAAAGGAGCACACAUUAUUCCCUUAAUCGGCAAGAUGAAUAACGACCCCAAAGUAUACCCGGAACCGGAUAAAUUCAAACCGGAACGUUUCUUGCGCGACGGCCAGUUUCACAUCCCGGAUAGCUACAUGGCUUUCGGAGUUGGACAACGCUUGUGUCUGGGAAUCCAAUUGGCCAGGAUGCAGCUAUUUCUCUUCUUCGCCAACAUUAUGAAUAGAUUCGAGUUUUCGCUGCCCGAGGGCGCUGAGAUGCCGCCUUUAGAGGGCUUCAUGGCCGCAACACACACUCCAUUACCUUAUUCUUUGUGUUUCCACAAAAUCGAUAACUAAUUUUAUUUUAUUUUAUUUUAAGUGUUUAAUUUUAAUAACUUUUUCGAUUUGACUUUAAAUUUGAUAUACAUAAAUAUGUAGUUCGUAUAUUAGAACUAGUAGAAUAGUUGACAAAAGUGUGUUAUUUCUUCAGUUGCAAUUUCUUCUUAUUUGGAAUCAAGCAAAACUAGUUUUAAAUUUACUAUCGGACUGAACAUGUUUUUAUAAUUUUGUUUCAUUUAUUUAAAGCAUUCAAAGAAUCCUCAUUGUUGGUCUGCUAUUUUCUUUGCUUGAAGAGUGUAGUUUAUUCAUGAGUUUUUUUUAUUUGACAGUUUCGAUUUUGGAUAAAUUCGCAACUGAAUUCACAACGUGACUUAUGAAACAUCAAGUUUCAGUUAAAUAACUUUCGAUAGUAUUUUGACCCCGCCUAUUUUAAGUUAUAUUUGCAUUUAUAUAAAUUUUUUGUACUGACAUUCCCUUUAGCGUGUUUAUUUUUUAGUUCUCGAAAUUAUUUAGUUUCAAAUCAAACUUAAUAAUACUGCAUUCAUUAUUUUUUAUUAUUAAUGGCCGCCGUAUUUAUUUUAUACAAUCACACUCCAGCCACGUACCAUAUACAAAAGGGCUUACAUAAUCCUAUACACGACAUAUUCGUCCAAGUAUUGAAUAAAAGUUCCAUACAUAGUCUUGACACAAAAGCUUUAAGCCCAGUUAUAUUAUAUAACAUCGGUUGAUCAUGACCAGUUGUCCCUUUUAUGAUUAUGGCCUUGAAUUUAAUUUCUGUAUGCAUGAAUAGUAUUCAAAGGUCAUAAGGGAACCUAUUCAGAAAUUUUAUAAUGGAAAUAUUGUUUGACCCCAUUCGGCAAGUUCAAGGCUUUAAAGCGUUGUGCCACUCAAAUCUAAACAUUAAUGUAAGUACAGUGAUAUUUGUAAGUUUCAUAAUAUAUUUUAUGUAAUUACAGAAUAAUGACAGUAGUAUUUUUAUGUUAUAAUGUAUAAAUAAUUAUAUUUUAUUUACAAGAUAAUUUUAUUUCUAAAUAAUAUGUAAAAAAUCAUGACGUUUUAUUUUAAGUACAAGCAUAAAUAAUAUUAUUCUGAAUUCGUAUUUAUUUUGCUUUAAAAUAUAUUCGAUUUGAAAUUCAAUCAUCAAUUCAUCUCAUUUCAAUCAAUUACUCUCAUUUUUGUAUAAAAAGUAAUAUUUUAAUGAUUAUACUUUUUUGUUCUCAUUAUGUUAAUGAAGCAUCAAUAAUUAAUUUCAAAUUACCACUUCAUUUAAUUAAGAUCAUACGAGGUCAAACUAACCUUUUACCCCUGAAAUUGGAAUACACGCGAAAUUUAAAAAUAAUAUAAUAAUACAUCGGGAGCUUAUCUGUACUAUUCACAAAAUAUAUACUAUUAACAAAAAAUAUUUUAAUGUAUACAUAUUAUUAUAUGUACCUACAACAACGAAAUACUACAUGACGUAUUAAAGAAUUAAAUUAAAUGUUUAAGUAUUUACUAUAAUUUCGUAAAUAUGUAUUAUUUUUCUUCUUAAAAUAUUAAAAACUUUGUUUCAUGGAACUCACCCUUAAGCUUGACACGUGUAAAAUGGAAUUCGAUCCAAAAGGAGAGGAGAAAUUCAAGGUCAACAACGCUUACGUUCACACCGCCGUAUACAGACCGCUAACAGACAAACAAACUUUUUUUUAGAUGUAAAUGUAUGUGUAUGUAAUAUGGUGAUUGACAUAUGUGAUAAAAAAAAAAUUGACGUUUAUGAACGAAGGAGCUCACGGCCAACUAGAUUUUAGGCGGUUAUAGGAUUCUCUGUAAAAUUACGAGUAUCAGAGGGACUACGGCUAGUCAUUCCGACCGGAAUGCAUGCUUGUGGCAUCAGAACGGUAUCAUGAGCUCGUGUGGGCUCAACUUGUCCUAGAUAUAAAUCAAUGGAAGCGUAGUGGAUAUUUAAUUUGAGAAAUUUGGCGUGGUUAGUACUCGUACGAUAGUAUAGUGUAGUAUAGAUAGUAUAGACUGAUUAUGCGGAAGUUGUAUAAUGCAUUAGCUCGAGACGACAUGGUUGCAUGUCCGCAUAUUAUGAUUUUUAGUAGUUCUAACUUCUUUUGUUAACGGAUUUCAAGAAAAAAGAGAUUCUCAAUUCGAUUGUAAUUUUUUUUGCCAUUGUUACCUUAGAAGUUUUUCUUCUAGCUGAACCGAUUUUGAUGAUUCUUUUUUUCUUUGAAAACUGGUGCUUCUUAUGUGGUCUGGUAAAAUUGUAAGAUGUGAUAGUCUUUGAGUUAUCCUUAAUAAUAAAUAAUUAAGUGACA